GAAUCAGGCAUAUGACUGGUGCUAAGGCAUUGACCAGGCUAAGAUCCUCAUCUCCCCGUAAAAAGAUUCGAAAGAGACAUGCUUCUAGCCCAGAACGUGUUAGACCUGAACACAACAACUCACCGAUAAAAAAGAAAAAGAGGUGCAUAAAGCCAGUAUGGGCCACUUCAACACAUUACGAUAACGAAGAACACAGUGAAUCUGCCGAUGAUGAGAUAAUUGGAAUAAGAAUGGUGAACAUUAAAGCAGAGCCCUCACAAGAAGGCAAUAUUGUUCCUUACAUGAUUCAACCUAUGGCAGACCUUCCUAUAAAGACCAAGAAGAGAAAGGGUGACAAAAAACCUGAAAAGGUAGUUGAAAAGCCUCGCUCAGUGAUGUUCUCGCCAAUAAAGGCACCGGACCCCUCCUCUCCCAUUCGAGCCCCAUCUCCUCCCACUCUUCCUCCACUCGUACAAACAACCAAAAGAGCUGCUCUAGAUAUACCUGUUCUAGGCUUGAGUACAUAUCGAAUCAAUGGAAGAAGGUUGGUGAACCAGGCCAUUAACGCUUCUUUAGAGUUUGGAUAUCGUCUGUUCGACACAGGUGCGCACUACAACAAUCAGCGUGACUUGGGGCACGCAUUCCGAGAGUACUUGCCCCAACACGGUCUAAACAGAGAGGAUAUCUACAUAAUCAGUAAACUUGAUCCAGGCUGCAUGUCCUACGAGGAUGCUAUGGAGUCAGUAGAACGCUCCCUGAACCACCUCCAGACUGACUAUUUGGAUAUUAUCUUACUGUACUGGCCUGAGCCUCAUCAUUCAAUGAAUAUCGACCCGGGCGAUGCCAUGUUGGACUGUUACAGAGCCCUAGAAGACCUAUAUAACGCAGGCAAGAUAAGAGAUAUCGGGGCGUACAAAUUUAGUACGGAACAACUUGAAUAUUUGCUCCGACGAUGUGCUGUAAUUCCAGCUAUGUUGCAAGCUGAAUUCCAUCCUUAUCUGUAUAGGAAAAGCUUAGUCGAUAUCUGCAGAUAUAACUCUAUCAGAAUGCAAGGAUUUUGCUUUAUCAAGUGUGUUGAAGACCCUGUCAUAAUAUCCUUAUCUAAAAAGUAUAGGAAGGCUCCUGGCCAGAUAAUACUACGGUGGAUAAUCCAGCAUGGCGUAGGCGUUCUACCGAAAUCCAAGACUCCCUCACACAUCAAAGAGAACGCGAACGUGUUUGACUUCAGCCUCUCGCCAGACGACGUAGAAAAGAUAAACUCUCUAAAUCAAGACCGGAGUUUUACUCCAUACUCUGCAAACCAUUACAAAAAAUAACUGUCGAAUUCUCGACGUUCGAGUGUCUAAUUAUACAAACUGUCUAGAUUAUGUUAAUGGCAACUUUAAUAUUAAACCAUUUAUACUAUUUCUAAAUUUUUAACUACCAAUUUUAAUUAAAUUGUACAGCGGGGGCAGCUUCUUCAAUUUUAUAUUCGUAUUUCGUGAUUGUAUCAGUAUUGCUGUACCGCCAGAUAAUAAAGUACCAAAAUGUUUGGUGAACCUUACUUUGUUGUUUUUAUCAAUUUAAUUAUAAUUUUUAAUAUAAUUUGUUAUUCUAAUAGGUUAUUUAAAGGCGAACUUUUAAUACUCAAAACAAAGUGUCAGUUAAUUUUUCGAUUAACCAUCUGUGAUGUGCAUUGUGCGUGUUCUAGAGCAGAGUUGGCAACAGAACUAUUUUAACAUUCAUGGAAAUUAGCUGUUCUUAGAUACAUUAAACAAGAAAUCAAACUAUUUUUUAGAUUAUACUUCAGAAUUCGAUAUCUCAUUUUGAGGGUUACAUUAUACACAUUUAACACAACAGUUUGGUUUUUAUGUCGACAGUAGAGCCGCUCAGUAAAAACAAAUCGUCAAUAUUAACAAACUGGCAAAGCUCACAAAAAAUAUGUUGAAUCAAACUGUGUCAAGAUUUUCAGUAGAUGUUUCUCACCAAAAUGAUGAAAAGAUUCUGAUUAAAAUAUUCCCUUGUUUUGGUGAUAUUAGUUACUGUUUUCAAAUAAUUAUCAUUAUUAUUUUUACAAAUGGACCUGUUGGUCCCUGAC